AAGGCUACAAUUCUGUGGUAAUUUUGAGAUUGAAGCAAAUGCGAAAAUUUUCCAAAAUAGGCACCAUUUUCAAAUAUUAUUCUGGACUUGUAGGGUUGGUUGUUUUUUGAUAAACCCGGAGAAGAGGUUUUAAAUCCAUCCGUUAAGAAUGAACUGGAGGACAUUGAAGCCAACACUGGACCAGCAAUGAUGACUUUGUUCUCUUUUACUUUUCAGAACCAAACCACCAAAAGAGGAAGAAAAGAGCUUCUUCAACCCAAUAUAGAAAAAAUGAGUGGGCAGCAAAGGCAGAGCAGUGGCUGUUGUGGUCGUGGUGGCGGCGGCGGUGGUGGCGGUGGAGGUGGCAGUUCAUGCUGUGGUAGAAGAAGUGGAGGAAGUUCAUCAUCAUCAUCAUCAUCCUGUUGCUGCUCUUCUAGCAGAGGCUCCUCUGGCCAACAAUCUCAAGGAUCCAUGUGCUGCGGUGGAGGUGGAGGUGGAGGCAGUGGCGGUGGUGGAAGUGGAGGACAAAAGAUCAUCAUUGUAUCAUCUGGUGGUAGCAGUGGAGGUGGACAGUGCUGCUGUGGAGGAGGAGGAGGAGGAGGAGGCAGCAGCUCAGGCGGUGGAUCUGGCCAAAUCAUUAUAUCAUCUGGAGGCGGAGGCAGCGGUGGACAAUCUUCUGGUUCCUGUGGAGGAGGGUCUGGUGGGGGAUCUGGGGGUGGAAUGCAGCAAAAGAUCCCGUGCUGUGGAGGGGGUGGUGGAGGUGGAUCAGGUGGCAUUAAAAUCAUUGGUGGGGGAUCUAGUGGUGGUGGUGGUGGAGGAGGAGGAGGAGGGGGAGGUGGUUCAGGAGGAAUGAAAUCCAUGGGUGGUGGAUCCAGUGGAGGAUCUAGCUGUGGUAUGGGAGGAGGAUCAGGUGGUGGAGGAGGAUCAGGUGGUGGAGGAGGAUCAGGUGGUGUUAAGAUCAUUGGUGGGGGAUCUAGUGGUGGUGGAGGAGGAGGAGGGGGAGGUGGCUCAGGAGGAAUGAAAUCCAUGGGUGGUGGAUCCAGUGGAGGAUCUAGCUGUGGUAUGGGAGGAGGAUCAGGUGGUGGAGGAGGAUCAGGUGGUGGAGGAGGAUCAGGUGGCAUUAAAAUCAUUGGUGGGGGAUCUAGUGGUGGUGGUGGUGGUGGAGGAGGAGGGGGAGGUGGCUCAGGAGGAAUGAAAUCCAUGGGUGGUGGAUCCAGUGGAGGAUCUAGCUGUGGUAUGGGAGGAGGAUCAGGUGGUGGAGGAGGAUCUGGUGGUGUAAAGAUCAUUGGUGGGGGAUCUAGUAGUGGUGGUGGUGGUGGAGGAGGAGGUGGUGGCUCAGGAGGAAUGAAAUCCAUGGGUGGUGGAUCCAGUGGAGGUGGGAGUAGUGGAGGAUCAGGUGGAAAAACCAUCAUCAUAUGUGGUGGAAGCAGUGGUGGAGGCCAGAGUUCUGGGGGCCAGAGUUCUGGGGGCCAGAGUUCUGGGGGCCAGAGUUCUGGGGGCCAGAGUUCUGGCUGCUGCAUGGGAGGAGGAUCCAGUGGAAGUGGAGGUGGUGGUGGCCAAACCAUCAUAGUGCCAUGUGGUGGAAGCAGUGGCAGUGGUGGUCAAAGUUCUGGUGGCCAAAGUUCUAGUUCUUGCAUGGGAGGAGGGUCCAGUGGUGGUGGUGGUGGUGGUGGUGGUGGUGGUGGUGGCGGUGGCCAGAAUUCUGGCCACCAGACCAUCAUAGUGUCAUGUGGUGGAAGCAGUGGUGGUGGCGGCCAGAGUUCUCGUCGACAUCAGAGUUCUGGUGGCCAAAGUUCUAGUUCCUGCAUGGGAGGAGGGUCCAGUGGAGGUGGUGGUGGCCAGAGUUCUGGUUGUUGCAUGGGAGGAGGAUCCGGUGGAGGUGGAGGUGGUGGUGGCCAAACCAUCAUAGUGCCAUGUGGUGGAAGCAGUGGCAGUGGUGGCCAAAGUUCUGGUGGCCAAAGUUCUAGUUCUUGCAUGGGAGGAGGGUCCAGUGGUGGUGGUGGUGGUGGUGGCGGCCAGAAUUCUGGCCACCAGACCAUCAUAGUGUCAUGUGGUGGAAGCAGUGGUGGCGGAGGUCAGAGUUCUGGUGGCCAAAGUUCUGGUGGUCAAAGUUCUGGUUGUUGCAUGGGAGGAGGAUCCAGUGGUGGCGGUGGUGGUUCUGGUGGCCAAACCAUCAUUGUACCAUGUGGUGGAAGUAGUGGAGGAGGGGGUGGCGGUCAGAGUUCUGGUGGCCAAAGUUCUAGCUGCUGUAUGGGGGGAGGAUCCAGCAGUGGUGGAGGAGGAGGUGGCUCAGGUGGCCAGACCAUUAUAAUUCCAUGUGGUGGAAGCAGUGGAGGUGGUGGUGGAGGCAACAGUGGUGGUCAGAGCUCUGGCUGCUGCAGUGGAGGAGGGGGAGGUAGUUCCGGUGGAAGCUCUAUGCAGAGCAAACAAUCCUUCUCCAUCCCAGCUUGCCUUAGCCAAACGAAGCAAAUGAACACAUGGCCAUCUGGCCAGAAGUAAAAGGUUCUCCAGUUGGUGAAGGCAUCUGGGUCAUUGUUUCAUUCCGAAAUAAAAAUUGAGACCAAGGCCUGUCCUCAAUACUGCUUUUCAGAGGAGCAGCUUUGCAUGUUGCCUGUCCCAUUUCUGCAAUGCCCUUCUUGAAUUUCUCUUUGUGUUUUGUGUUUGUUUUGUAAUUGCAUGAUCAAUGUGCUGAAAUCCAAACUGGGGAAAAUGUGAUUAUUUAUAUCUUUUGUUUGGUGGGAGGAGGUAGGGAAUCUCCUCUGUUGGUUUCCUGCUUCAGUCUCUCCGCUAAUGCAUGGGAGAAAAUAAAGCUUAUUUGAGAAUGAAAAAAA